GUGGAGGACAGAACCUGACGCUGGGAGGAGAGACAGGAGCAUGUGGAUACUGCUUGUCUUCUGGUUCCAAAGCAUCAUAAAUGUUUCUAGUGAAGAUCUACAUGCCAGCCUAUAUUUUAUCAAUGCAUCUCUGCAAGAGGUAGUAUUUGCUAGCACCACGGGGGCUCUGGUACCCUGCCCUGCAGAAGGAGUCCCUCGUGUGACGCUCAGAUGGUACCUAGCAACGGGCGAGGAGAUCUACGAUGUCCCUGGGAUCCGCCACGUCCACCCCAAUGGCACUCUCCAAAUUUUCCCCUUCCCUCCUUCAAGCUUUAAUAACUUAAUCCAUGAUAAUACUUACUAUUGCACAGCCGAAAACCCUUCAGGGAAAAUCAGGAGUCAGGAUGUCCACAUUAAGGCCGUGUUACGGGAAGCCUAUACGGUCCGAGUGGAAGAUCAGAAAGCCAUGAGAGGCAAUGCAGCAGUCUUCAAGUGCAUUAUCUCCUCCCCAGUGGAGGCCUAUGUCUCCUGGGAGAAGGACACCGUCUCACUUGUCUCAGGAUCUAGAUUUCUCAUUACAUCAUCGGGAGCCUUGUAUAUUACAGAUGUACAGAAUGAAGACGGAUUAAAUAAUUACCGAUGUACAACGCGGCACAAAUAUACGGGAGAAACGCGGCAGAGUAACAGCGCCAGACUGACUGUAUCAGAUCCAGUCAACUCUGCUCCAACGAUUAUUGAUAAGUUUGAGCACCUGACAGUAAUGGCAGGACAGAGAGUGGAGCUGCCAUGUAAAGCCUCUGGAUACCCGAUACCCCACACCCGAUGGCUGAAGGACAACGUCCAGCUUGAAAUGGGCAGCAGGUUCCGGAACACAGUUGUAGGUUUGCUGAUUGAAAACACCCGGCCGUCAGACUCUGGAACGUAUAUCUGUGAAGUGUGGAACAGCUACGGCAACGCAGAAGUAAUUGGAUCUCUUUAUGUAAAACAACCCCUGAAGGUGGCAAUCAGUCCGAGGAAGGUGAAGACCAGCGUCGGUAGUCAGGUGGCGUUGUCAUGCAGCGCUACCGGUACAGAUGACCCUGAUAUAACCUGGUACAGGAACGGUGAUAUUGUGAUUGCUGGGAGCAAUGUUAGAAUAACUGGUAUUAGUCAUGAAACCCUCAUAAUGGAUGCCGUGGCGAAAAGCGACAGCGGAGCUUACCAGUGCUUUGUGCGCAAAGAUCGGAUGUCAGCCCAGGAUUAUGCUCUGGUGGUGCUCGAAGAUGGAACACCAAAAAUUAACUCUGCGUUCAGCGAGAAGGUGGUGAGCCCUGGCGAGCCUGUCUCCCUCAUGUGUAACGUGAAAGGCACGCCUCUACCCACCAUCACCUGGACCCUGGACGACGAGCCCAUCAUCAAGAAUGGCAACCAUCGCAUCAGCCAGCUCAUCACCUCUGACGGCAAUGUUGUCAGUUAUCUAAACAUCACCAACACCCAGGUGCGGGACGGGGGAGUCUACCGCUGCACUGCCAAUAAUUCCGCGGGAGUCGUCCUGUACCAGGCUCGAAUAAACGUAAGAGGUCCAGCAAGCAUUCGACCAAUGAAAAAUAUUACAGCAAUAGCAGGGCGGGACACAUACAUCCACUGUCGUGUGAUUGGCUAUCCAUAUUACUCCAUAAAGUGGUAUAAGAAUUCCAACCUCAUCCCGUUCAACCACCGACAAGUGGCAUUUGAGAACAACGGAACGCUAAAGCUAACCGACGUACAGAAGGAUGUGGAUGAAGGGGAGUAUACAUGUAAUGUCCUUGUCCAACCACAGUUGUCCACAAGCCAGAGCGUCUACGUUACAGUGAAAGUACCGCCAUUCAUUCAGCCAUUCGAGUCCCAAAGAUUUUCUAUUGGACAGAGAGUGUUCAUCCCAUGUGUUGUGGUCUCUGGAGACCUUCCCAUUACCAUCACCUGGCAGAAGGACGGAAGGCCAAUUCCGGCCAAUCUCGGGGUGACCAUCGACAACAUUGAUUUCACCAGCUCUCUGCGGAUCUCCAAUCUGUCUCUAAUGCACAAUGGAAAUUAUACCUGCAUCGCUCGGAACGAUGCUGCAGCUGUGGAGCACCAAAGUCAGUUAAUUGUCAGAGUUCCUCCUCGAUUUGUGGUACAACCCACCGACCAGGACGGCAUUUUCCGAAAAGCUGUGAUACUGAAUUGUUCUGCAGAGGGAUAUCCUGUACCUACCAUUGUGUGGAAGUACUCAAAAGGUGCCGGAGUUCCCCAGUUUCAGCCAAUCGCUUUGAAUGGACGAAUACAGCUUCUCAGUAAUGGCUCCUUGUUGAUAAAGCACAUUCUGGAGGAAGAUAGCGGAUACUACCUCUGCAAGGUCAGCAAUGAUGUGGGAGCUGACGUCAGCAAGUCCAUGUAUCUCACGGUUAAAAUUCCUGCGAGGAUAAUCUCCUACCCCAAUACAACGUUGGCUACGCAAGGUCAGAAGAAAGAAAUGAAUUGCACGGCGCACGGUGAAAAGCCCAUUAUUGUGCGUUGGGAAAAAGAAGACCGCAUGAUAAAUGUACCGGAAAUGUCUCGAUAUUUGGUGUCCACAAAGGAGGUGGGAGAUGAGGUCCUCUCCGUGCUUCAGAUUGUACCGACUGUACGAGAGGAUUCCGGCUUCUUCUCCUGCCAUGCCAUCAAUUCCUUUGGAGAAGAUCGAGGCAUCAUCCAGCUCACAGUACAAGAACCUCCAGAUCCUCCAGAAAUCGAAAUCCGGGAAGUGAGAGCUCGGAGUAUCGCCUUACGCUGGACAAUGGGAUUUGAUGGCAACAGUCCAAUCACAGGCUACGAUAUUGAAUGCAAGAACAAAUCAGACUCAUGGGAUUCAGUUCAGAGAACCAAAGAUGUCUCUCCUCAGCUAAACCAAGCCACCAUUAUUGACCUGCAUCCCUCUUCCACCUACAACAUCCGCAUGUAUGCAAAAAACCACAUUGGCAAGAGCGAAGCCAGCAACGAGCUCACCAUCACCACUGAGGAAGCAGCUCCUGAUGGUCCACCUCAGGAAGUCCAGCUUGAUCCCAUCUCCUCACAGAGUAUCAGGGUUACCUGGAAGGCCCCCAAAAAGCACCUUCAGAAUGGGAUUAUCCGUGGCUAUCAGAUUGGCUUUCGGGAGUACAGUACAGGGGGCAAUUACCAGUUUAAUAUCAUCACUGUAGACACUACAGGGGACAGUGAGGUGUACACUCUGGACAACCUGAAGAAGUUUACUCAGUACGGUGUAGUGGUGCAGGCUUGUAACAGGGCCGGGACAGGGCCAUCGUCUCAGGAAAUCAUCACCACCACACUGGAGGAUGUUCCCAGCCGCCCCCCGGAGAACGUCCAGGCUGCUGCAACCACACCAGAGACAAUAACAAUCUCUUGGUCUACUCCUCCCAAAGACGCCCUCAAUGGCAUCCUCCAGGGGUACAGGGUUAUCUUCUGGGCAAACCUUCUAGAUGGAGAGCUUGGUGAAAUAAAAAAUGUAACCACAAAUCAACCGUUACUGGAGCUGGAUGGUCUGGAGAAGUACACCAAUUACAGUAUCCAGGUGCUGGCCUUUACACGGGCUGGAGAUGGUGUGCGCAGCGAGCAAAUAUUCGUCAGAACCAAAGAAGAUGUUCCAGGUCCCACUGCUGGUAUUAAAGCUGCCGCAGCCUCAGCUUCCAUAGUCUAUGUAGCAUGGCUCCCCCCUUUAAAACUAAAUGGAAUCAUCCGAAAGUACACUGUGUUCUGCUCACACCCCUACCCUACGGUGAUCAGUGAAUUUGAGGCUGCACCGGACACCUUUUUCUACCGAAUACCAAACCUGAGCAGGAACAGACAAUACAGUGUGUGGGUGGUAGCUGUGACGUCUGCAGGAAGAGGAAAUAGCAGUGACAUCAUUACCGUUGAACCCGUGGCUAAAGCUCCUGCUAGAAUUCUGACUUUCAGCGGUACUGUGACAACACCAUGGAUGAGGGACAUUGUCCUGCCUUGUAAGGCCGUCGGAGAUCCCGCUCCCACAAUCAAAUGGAUGAAGGAAAGUAACGGGACACCCACUCCAGUAAUUACUGAUGGGCGAAGAAGCAUCUACAGCAAUGGGAGUUUUAUCAUCCGUACAGUGAAAGCAGAGGAUUCUGGCUACUACAGCUGCAUUGCCACAAACACCUGGGAGACGGAUGAGAUUGUCCUCAAUCUGCAGGUGCAAGUGCCACCUGACCAGCCUCGGCUUACCGUGUCAAAAAGUACGUCUUCAUCCAUAACGCUGUCUUGGAUCCCUGGGGAUAAUGGCGGGAGCUCCAUCCGAGGUUACAUACUCCAAUACUCAGAGGAUAACAGCGAGCAGUGGGGCAGUAUACCCAUCAGUCCCAGUGAGCGCUCAUACCGCUUAGAAAACCUGAAAUGUGGCACCUGGUACAAAUUUACCCUCACUGCCCAAAAUGGAGUCGGACCCGGGCGCAUCAGUGAGAUCAUAGAGGCUAAAACCCUUGGGAAAGGUACUGGAGUCUUGUCCUGCCCACCAAAAGCAGGAAAACCUCAAUUCUCAAAGGAGCAAGACUUGUUCGCCAGUGUCAACAGCACUCGGGUGAGGCUUAAUCUCAUUGGCUGGAAUGAUGGUGGGUGCCCAAUAACAUCGUUCAACCUAGAGUACCGGCCUUUUGGCACAACAGUGUGGACCCUGGCACAGAGAACAUCACUGUCCAAGUCUUAUAUACUCUAUGACCUGCAGGAGGGAGCCUGGUAUGAGCUACAGAUGAGAGUGUGCAACAGCGCUGGUUGUGCAGAGAAACAAGCCAAUUUCGCCACACUCAACUAUGAUGGCAGUACAAUCCCCCCACUCAUAAAGUCCAUUGUGACGAGCGAAGAAGGUCUGUCCAACAACAAGGGGAUAAAAAUGCUGGUGACAAUUUCCUGCAUCCUCAUCGCGGUCCUUCUUGUCUUCGCCUUGCUGCUGAUAGUCAGGAGGAGGAGGAGAGAGCAGAGACUGAAGAGACUGCGAGAUGCGAAAAGUUUGGCCGAGAUGCUCAUGAGCAAAAACACCCGGACUUCAGACACCCUGAACAAGCAGCAGACGCUGAGAAUGCACAUAGAUAUUCCCCGAGCACAACUUCUUAUAGAAGAGCGGGACACAAUGGAGACCAUUGAUGACAGAUCCACGGUGCUAUUGACUGAUGCUGACUUUGGCGAGUCAUCAAAACAGAAGUCAUUAACUGUGACUCACACGGUGCAUUACCAGUCUGUCUCGCAGGCUACGGGGCCCUUGGUGGACGUUUCCGAUGCUCGCCCUGGAACAAAUCCGACCACAAGGAAGAACGCCAAGGCCGGCCCAGCAGCUCGGAACAGAUAUGCCAGCCAGUGGACACUAAACAGACCGCAUCCCACCAUAUCCGCACACACACUGACCACAGACUGGAGACUACCCACUCCUAGGGCCACAGGCUCUGUAGACAAGGAAAGCGACAGCUACAGUGUCAGCCCAUCGCAGGACACAGACAGAGCAAGGAGCAGCAUGGUCUCCACGGAAAGUGCCUCGUCUACCUAUGAAGAGCUAGCAAGGGCGUACGAGCACGCCAAGAUGGAGGAGCAGCUGAGACACGCCAAGUUCACCAUCACAGAGUGCUUCAUAUCAGACACAUCAUCAGAACAGCUCACAGCAGGGACUAAUGAGUACACAGACAGUCUGACCUCUAGCACGCCCUCAGAGUCUGGGAUAUGCAGGUUUACUGCAUCGCCCCCUAAACCCCUGGACGGAGGAAAGGUGCAAAACAUGGCAGCCCCAAAGGCACAUCGGCCAGGUGAUGUGAUGAACUUACCGCCGUACCUUAGGAUGGACUUUUUAUUAAAUCGAGGUGCUUCAGGAACUAGCAGAGACUUAGGGCAGGCUUGCUUGGAACCUCAAAAAAGCCGGACCCUGAAGCGGCCCACAGUUCUGGAACCAAUACCAAUGGAAAAUCCAUCAGCAAGGGAGGUACAGUCAUGGCAGUCCAGUGGUGGGGCAACUGCGGCUGCACCGGUACCGCCACGAGAAGCCACAGAACUAGGACAGGCAGCUAAAAUAAGCAGUUCACAAGAAUCGCUACUGGACUCCAGGGGUCACUUGAAAGGAAACAACCCUUACACAAAAUCCUAUACCCUGGUAUAACAACUAAACAAAAAAGAGCUUGUAAAUACUAAAAAAAAAA